AUGGCCGCCCUCCAGAAGGGUUCCGCCUUUCCGCCUUACCCAAACCCCUAUUCCUCGUGUCUCUCUCAGUUGAUUGGUCCGCCUCAGUCAAUAGUUGCUUUAGUUGGUGAUGACAUCAUUUUGCCAUGUCACAUGAAACCUGAGAUGGAUGUUACAGCAGAGCCGUUGGAGUGGAGGAGACCUGACCUAAACCCAGUAUUGGUCCAUGUGAUGCGUGCUGGUCGGAGCCUGGAGAAUGUUCAACACCCAUCCUACAAAGGAAGAACAUCACUGUCCACUGAUGAACUGAAGAGAGGAAACAUUUCACUGAGACUCUCCAACGUACAACUCUCUGACCAGGGAACAUACGAAUGUGACAUUCCACUAUGGAAAAUACAAUCAUCUGUUAAGCUUGUUGUUGAGGCUGUCUCUUCAGCGGUCAUAACUUUAGCAGGGAUGGACAGAGACAAAGGGGGAGUGGUGUUAGACUGUGAGUCCAGAGGCUGGUAUCCAGAGCCGGAGGUGUUGUGGCUGGACGCUGAGGGAAACCUCCUCUCUGCUGGACCUACAGAGACAGUCAGAGGUCCUGAUGACCUCUAUACUGUCAGCAGCAGAGUGACUGUGGAGAAGAGACACAGCAACAGCUUCACCUGUAGAGUCCAACAGAAGAACACCAACCAGACCAGAGAGACACACAUCACUGUUCCAGAUGAUUUCUUUAAACUCCAGUCCUGUUCAUCUCCCAUCAUUACUGGUCUGGCUGUUAGUUUGGCUGUUUGCUUUCUGUUACUUCUCAUUGUUGUGUGGAGAUGGAGACAAAACAUCAAGAACAUGAAAAGCCACUCAGAUGAAACUAUUAAAGGAGAAAAGAGUAACGGCUCUAAAACAACCAGAGCUGAAGAUCAGUUUGUCACCGAAGAGGAAACGAAGCCUUUGAAGGAUAAAGAGAAAACCAAAGAUAGGAGGGAGGAGGAGCAGAAGGUGGAUCUCUUGUUCUCUCACUUUAAUCUACAGUCUAUCAAUACAGAGGUAGUCAUUCCAAGACCAGAUCCACAUUUUUUUGGAAAGGAGGGAGGAGAGGAGGCUGAGAAGGAGGUUCAGACCCUGAAAGAGGAGCUGGAGACCAAGAAGAAUGAGGUUGAAACUAAACGAGCUGAGCUUCAGACGCUCCAUGAAGAGAAGCUGAGGAACGAGACCCAACUGCAGAAGCUGAAGGAAGAGCUGAAGAACAAACAGGACAGAACUCAAAACAGCCAAAGCAGAUUUUCUUUUUCGGGUCCUAGCCAACAACAACUACAGCAGCAGAAAGAAGUGGAGACACUGAAAAAGAAUCUGGAGAGCCAACAGGAGGAAUCAAACAUCCACAUCAAGAAGUCUGAAGACAUAGAAGGUGAAGUCCAGCAGCUCCAGGAUCAGAUUCAGAGGAUGGAGGCCGACCUGCAGAAGCUGAUGGAGUCCAACAAGAGAGAGUUGGAAAGAAGCAGAGAAGCUCCAGCAGAGUCUUCCACCUCGUUGUUCCAGGAUGAGCAGCAGAGGAGGCAGAAAGCUGAGGAAGAAGUUCAGAUCCUGAAGGAAAAAGCUGAAGGACAAGACGGACAUGGUUAA